GACCCGCAGUGGCGGAGCCGCCCCGUCGCUCCGGCGCAUCUCGGUCGCCAUGGCGCUGUGCGGCCGCUCCGCGCUCCUCCCGCCGCCCCCGCGGCACCGGCCCCGACCCCGAGCCCCGGGGCCCUUCGUCAGCUGCAGCCGCCUCCGAAAUAUUCAGACUAUCCUGACACAGAGCAGCAAAUCUCAGCCUGAUGGAAUCCUCUGCAUUUUAGGGAUAGACAGUCGAUACAAUGAAGGGUGCAGAGAGCUGGCAAAUUAUCUGCUCUUUGGUUUGUACAACCAGAACAACAAUGACUUUGAAAGGACAGGUUUUCCUGAGGAAGUUCUGGAUGAUAUAAUCAUAUUAAUAAAACCUGACAGUGUUCAUCUGUACUGCAACCCUGUGAAUUACAGUCAUCUUUUACCCUAUGUGGCACACUGGAGGAACUUGCAUUUCCACUGUCUGACUGAAAAUGAGUAUGAGGAUGAAGAAGCUGCAGAGGAAUUCAAGAUUUCCAGCUUUGUGGACAUGGUCAGGGAUUGCAGCCGCAUCGGGAUCCCCUACAGCUGCCAAGGCCACCUGCAGAUAUUUGACAUGUUCAUCGUGGAGAAGUGGCCGAUCGUCCAGGCCUUCGCGCUCGAGGGGAUCGGGGGCGACGGCUUCUUCACCAUGAAAUACGAAUUAAUGGAUGUCAGUGCUGAUUUAUGGAAGACCUACAGCAAAAUGGAUCCUGUGUCCUUGGAGGAUUUGCUUUUUGAGGAUUUAAUGAUUUUUGAACACCAAUGGACCAACUUUUUUGCUAAUUUUGACACUGAAAUUCCCUUCAUUCUGGAACUCUCAGAAUCUCAGGCUGGGGAGCCCUUCAGAAGUUAUUUCAGCCAUGGUAUGAUCUCAAGCCAUAUAACAGAUAACAGCCCGAGCCGCCAGCCCUUUGUCCUGUUUGGCAGCCACUCCACAAAGGAAAACUUGAACACUGGGAACUUUAAUUUUCCAUCUGAAGGACAUCUGGUCCGAAACACUGGCCUUGGUGGAAGCACUGCCAAGCAUAUGGUAGUGCAGUGUGUGUCUCCAAAGGGACCUCUGGCUUGUUCAAGGACCUAUUUUUUUGGAGCCACUCACAUUCCUUUCCUGGGAAAUGACAAUGAGAUGCACAAGCAAGCUGAGCAAGUUACGCUGUUGUCGCAAAUAUAUUCUGCUGUUGUAGAGGCUGUGCUUGCUGGCAUUGAGUGCUAUGCUAAAACUUCCACUGAAUCCAAGGCAAAGGAGGUGGCAGAGCAGGUGCUGCUGUCUGUGUUGGACACCCUUGGCUUAGCACAGCUGAAAUCUGCUUUACGCUCCAAAAUCGCUUUUCAAAUCCAGGCUGUGAACAACCAUGGCAGAAUUACUCCAUUAGAUAACGAGGACAGCCUGAGUUUGAUCAAAACGGCAUCCAUGAUGGUGUUUGACAUUCCAGACCUGCUCACAGGCAGAGGAUGCUUGGGAUCUGUUGUGUUUUCAGAGUCCUUCCUGACAUCACAGAUACAGGUCAAAGAAAAAGAUGGCAGCAUCCAUCCAGACUCCAGGCACGUUAUCCUGACUGCAGCUAUCCCAAGAUUUGCUUCCUGGCUGGUUGAAGACAGUGAUGUGAAACUAUCUGAAAAGGCACAGCAAGUAUUGAAGGAGGACAAAUCUUUCCUGGGCACUUUACUCACUGGGGGUGAUGGAGUUUAUAUCUGUUCCAGCAACCCACAGGCCAUGCCUGCAGAAGGCAAACUGUAUUUCUUUUCUGAUGGAAUUCUGUUCUGUGAUCCCCACCACGGCAGCAUUUCCAUUUCCAAGAACCACAUGAGUUCCAUUUCUCUCUAUGAUGGGGAUUCCAACAGCGUUGUUGCUGCUCUCUUUAUAGAUUUCAAAAGUUCCCUGCUUCCUCAUCUCCCCAUUGAAUUCCACACCCAGAACAACUUUCUGAUGAUUACACUUUUCCCCAAAAGAAAGAUUUAUAAAGCUUUUUAUUCACAGGUUUUCUCUGCAUGGCAAAACCAGACAAACUCAGGAUUAUCUUUAAGGGUUGUCCCAGAAGAAUUCCUGUCUGAGGAACAAAAGAGGCUGCAUUCCAGUGUCCAGAAGCUUUUCAAUGCCUUGUCUUUUGCUUCUGGGGAAAGAUGCAGGGAGCUGAAACUGUCUGCUGCCAUUCCAGGAUUGGAGAGGUUUGUGCAGCACUUCACAGUCAGCAGCGUCAGCACCAAGCCAGUGAUGAGGGCACAUCUUCCUGUCCUUCUCCAAGAGUCAGAAACCAUUUCUGACAGCAAAGCAGAAGGUGGUAAGGUGAUCAUCACCAUCAUCACUGGGCUCCCAGGGUGCCGUUCCAGCGACCUCUGCUCUUUCCUUGUCACUUUUACCAAGGAGCAUGGCAGGUGGAUUGUGUAUCGGCAGACCAUGGACAGCCCGCAGUGUUUCAGCGCCUCCCACUUCCAGCGCUUCCUGGCCGGGCUCCUGGAGGCCCAGCAGAACCUUGGAGUCCAUCAGCCCAACCACCCUGGGAAGAGCAACAGGCUCCUGGUGGUGCUGCAAGGGUACACUGAUGUUAUUGAUGUUGUGCAAGCUCUGCAGACUCACCCUGACCCAGAUGUGAAAUCUUCUUUCAUCAUUGGAGCAGUCAACACCUGUGUGGAGCCUCUGAGCUGCUACAUGGAACACAGGCUUCUUUUUCCCAAGUUCUUGGACCAGUGUUCACAAGGACUGGUGAGUAACGUGGUUUUCACAAGUCAUGCCACAGAGCAGAGACACCCACUCCUGAUGCAGCUGCAGAGCCUGAUCCGAGCAGCAAAUCCUGGAGUUUCCUUCAUCCUGGCAGAAAAUGGGAUUGUAACAAGGAACGAGGAUAUUGAACUAAUUCUCUCAGAAAGCAGUUUUUCAAGUCCUCAGAUGAUGAGAGCUCGAUAUUUAAUGUACCCUGGCUGGUUCGAGGGCAGAUAUGGGGCUGGGCCCGUGUUCCCUCCCAUGGUGCAGAUCUGUGUGUGGUUCAGCCGCCCUCUGGAGAAAACACGAUUUGUCACCAAAUGCAAAGCAAUUAAGUCGUUGCUCAAGCCAAGUCCUUUUUCUGGAAACAUUUAUCACAUCAUGGGCAAAGUGAAGUUUUCAGAUGCUGAUAAAGUCAUUGAAGUCUGUCACAACACGGCAGCAAAUUCCCUAAGCCUGGUGCCUGUUCCGGAGGGGCCGACUCCUCCCGAUGCCAGAAAUGAUCCCAGAGACUGCAGCAGUCAACAGGAAUAUUUCCUUGUGUUCAUUGGCUGCUCCCUGAAGGAAGAGGAUAUCAAAGAUUGGCUCAGAGAAACUGCAAAACAGAAACCUCAGAGGAAAGCCCUGAAAACCAGAGGAAUGUUAACUCUUCAGGAAAUCAAAAACAUCCACGUGAAACGCCACUUGGAUCCACUCCCAGCUGGUUAUUUUUACAAUGGGACUCAAUUUGUGAAUUUUUUUGGUGACAAAAUGGAUUAUCAUCCAUUAAUGGACCAGUUCAUGAAUGAUUACUUGGAAGAAGCCAACAGAGAAAUUGAGAAGUACAACAGGGAGCUGGAGGAGCAGGAGUACCACGACCUCUUUGAGCAGAAGAUUUAAGCACGUGGAUCCCGAGCGUUCCUGUCCUUGUGUCAGGAACCAAAAAUGCUAUUUUGUCCUUCUGGCUCACAAGAAACCGAGUGAAAUGUCUGUUUUCAGCACUCCUUCCCAAACUAAGGGAUUGUUCCCCUAAGGUUGGCAUUUAACACGGUAACUGCUUAGCUGUUUGUACUGUCAGGAUUGCUUCCACUUCACCUUAAUUCCAGACUGUACAAAGCAUCACCUGGAAUCUCUGGCUUGUGGUGGAGACAUGGGAAAAAGAAGAAGAAGAAGAAGGAGAAGAAAAGAAGCAAAACUGGAUUUAUUUCCUAAAAAAGGUCAGAAUGUAAUUGUGGAAUUGGGCCAUGGUGCAGAUAUCAAACAAUUCCUGUAUGUCCCUUGGAAGUCGUUGCACUGGAGCAUCGAUGGUCAGUGGGGGAGUUCAGGGUGUGGGAUUGGGGUGUUCCCAAAGCCAGAAAUGGGGGAACAGACUCAGAGGAGUCCCCGAUCCCAGAACUGUUUAGGUGUUCCCGAAGCAAAAAAUGGGGGAAUAAUUAAAAAAAGUAAGAGUC